CGUGCGUGAUGACGCGCGUCAGCCCCGUGGCUUUAUGAAAGGCGAAAUCCCUCCUCGGACACUCACUUACCUAAGCAGAUGUUUUAAAAGCAGUUUCUCGGUAAAGGGGCCGUUUUAUGAACCACCGGUCUCGAGGACAGUCUCGUCUCCUCGCCUUCGUCUCCGCUGUGCGCCAUAGAGUCUUCUCCCGCCGCGCGGCUCCAGCAACUCCUACCGCGGGGACCGAGGCUAGCCAGCGGACGCAGCGUUAGCGUCGAGGGGAAGUGGGCUCCCUCUUCUCUUUCAUCAGGCAGAUGCUCCCAGCCGCCCAGCUUGACAGGAGUGAUGGGAUGUGUCAACUAGAUGAGGGCAUUCUGGAUGAUGUAAUCAGACCGACUGCUUCAUCUGCAGUGUUCACACCAGAGCCACACAGAAGAGGGACAGAGAGAGAAAAGGAGGACGCUGAAGACACAGGCAUGGGUGUUGGAAAGAAUACUACCCCCAAAUCCAUGGACAGCAGCAGCGAGGGAGGAUUAUAUGAAGAGGAGAGCAAACAUGGUGCAGACUUCUACCCUAUUCCGGUGGUGGUUAAUGGUUUGGGCGGUGCCAGUGGAGACCAGGACACUGAGAACACAGAGCUGAUGGCCUACACUAAAGACAACCAAGGGGCUGAAAAGAGCUCUAUGUCUGAGACGUUGGACAGCACAGGCAGCAUGGAUGCAAAGAGGAUGGACAUGAUCUACACUAUUGAAGACACCCCACCCUGGUAUCUGUGUGUGUUUUUAGGGUUACAGCACUACUUGACGUGUUUCAGUGGAACGAUCGCGGUGCCGUUCCUCCUCGCUGAGGCCAUGUGUGUUGGCUUUGACCAGUGGGCCACCAGUCAGCUCAUUGGGACCAUCUUCUUCUGUGUGGGCAUCACCACCUUGCUACAGACCACGCUGGGCUGCAGGUUGCCUUUGUUCCAGGCCAGUGCUUUCGCAUUCCUUGCACCAGCCAGAGCCAUCCUGUCGCUGGACAAGUGGAAGUGUAACAACACUGAGAUUCCGAUAUUGAACGGAACAGAGCUCUUCCGCACAGAUCACAUUUGGCAUCCAAGGAUACGAGAGAUCCAAGGGGCUAUCAUAGUGUCGUCUCUGGUUGAAGUGUGCAUUGGAGCCCUGGGUCUGCCUGGAAUCCUCCUCAAAUACAUCGGACCUCUGACCAUCACGCCUACAGUUGCCCUCAUCGGCCUGUCUGGUUUCCAGGCUGCAGGGGAGCGGGCUGGAAAACACUGGGGCAUUGCUAUGCUGACUAUCUUCUUGGUGCUGCUCUUCUCUCAAUAUGCCAGAAAUGUUCACUUUCCUCUUCCGAUUUACAAAGCUAAGAAGGGCUGGACUUCCUAUAGGCUGCAGGUCUUCAAAAUGUUUCCUAUCAUCAUGGCCAUAUUGGUGUCUUGGCUGUUGUGUUUCAUUUUCACUGUGACGGAUGUUUUCCCACCGGAAAAGGACAAAUAUGGCUUCUACGCACGCACAGAUGCACGUCAAGGAAUCCUUAAAGCCGCACCGUGGUUCAAGGUCCCAUAUCCCUUUCAGUGGGGAACUCCCACGGUAACGGCUGCGGGUGUGAUUGGCAUGAUGAGUGCUGUGGUGGCUAGCAUCAUCGAGUCGAUUGGUGAUUACUACACCUGUGCUCGUCUCUCUUGCGCUCCUCCACCUCCUAUUCACGCUAUCAACAGGGGGAUAUUUGUGGAGGGUAUUUCCUGUGUCUUGGACGGUCUUUUUGGCACAGGCAACGGCUCCACCUCCUCCAGCCCCAAUAUAGGUGUCCUGGGAAUCACAAAGGUUGGGAGCCGGCGUGUGAUCCAGUAUGGAGCUGGCAUGAUGCUGCUGCUGGGGCUCGUGGGCAAAUUCAGCGCACUGUUUGCCUCCCUACCCGACCCGGUCCUGGGGGCUCUGUUUUGCACUUUGUUUGGUAUGAUCACAGCUGUGGGACUGUCCAACCUGCAGUUUGUCGACCUCAACUCCUCCAGGAACCUCUUUGUGUUGGGCUUCUCUAUCUUCUUUGGCCUGAUGCUGCCGAGCUACCUCAAACAGAACCCACUGGUCACCGGCAUAAUUGAGGUCGACCAAGUGUUGAACGUUCUCCUCACUACUGCCAUGUUUGUUGGAGGCUGUGUGGCCUUUAUUUUGGACAAUACAAUCCCUGGUUCCCCUGAAGAACGAGGGAUCAAGAAGCUGAAACGAGGCUCUGGUGUCAGUGCAGCAGAACUUGAAGGGAUGCGAUCCUAUGACCUUCCAUUUGGAAUGGACUUUAUGCGCAGACACCCCAUCUUCAAGUACAUCCCUAUCAGCCCCGUGUUUGCGGGAUAUUCAUGGGGGAGACUGCAGGGGGCCUGCAGGGACAGAAUGGGACAUGGGGAUGCAGUAGGAGGAGGAAUGGGAGCGGAGGGAAGCACAGCGCCAGGAGAGAGUAGAGUAUAGCCAAAGGUUGAUGACUUCAGUGUUUGAAUUUGGGGAACAAGGGAUGGUACACUAAGGUAACAGGAUGGGCGUGUGGAGGACGGGAGUGGUGCAGCGUUCAGGUGUGGAAUCAGGUGUGAUGUGCACCAAUUCCCCUUGUCAAUACUGUAUGUGUUUAUAUUGCCUUGUGUUGGUCUUCUCCCUCGUUCCACUAUGCUUUUUUUUUUUUUUUUUUAAAGUGCUGUAGCUAGUCACAGCAUGAAAGAUGUCGCCGUGCAGAGGUUAGUCUGUGUGUGUGCAUAUGUGUUUACAGUGUGCGGACGGAGAUGAUGUCAAACAAUCGAAGCUGGAUGUUUCAUGAUUCACCGCUAGCUUCUGCUGCUCGAGUCUUUCAUAAAACAUUUUGCUAAUAGAGUAGAAUAAAUUCUGCCAAUUGAGGAUUGUGCUAAACAUGACUCUAGUCUCGUUAUGCAACCGCACUGAAGACUCAGGCGUGCACACACGCUCCCAAACAGCCUCACAGGAACUAACUUGAGUGCUACAACGCACGUCAGGGUCCUGCAGAUAGGUGGAAGUAGUUUGCCGGAUGUCCUUAGCCAUGCAAAGUGAUUGUGAUUUUUUUUUCUUUGCACUCUGCUUUCUGCUUCUACCACAUGAAUGUUGCUCCUUUUGUGUCUUCAGUAAAAUUCCACAGAGACCUGUUUCGCAGCACAUUAAAUCAUCUCAUGCAAGAGAGCUUCACACGGUUUUAGAGCAACAUUCACAUGUUCACACAUACAGUUUGCUCAUCUCUUUACGGUCAUAUUUUGUGUCAUUCUCUAACAAAACCAAAACUCUUCUGUAGCUGUGUUGGGUAAGUGGUAAUUGACUUCUUCAUCAUGGAACAUAGUAGAUUUUUAUUUCAUUUUUAUAUGCACAUCUCAAGUGUUGGCACUGACAAAAGCUUUGAACUGAUGAAUGAUGACAGCAGUGCUUUAACUAAAGCUACCGCUAACUGCGCACAGUAACACAGACAAGGCCUUAUCCUAAAGAAUUUUAAUCCUUGUAAAUAUAUACAAGGUUUAUAAAUAUGGCAAAAAAUGUAAGUGGAUUUAACAAAAAGCUAAUAUAACAUUUUACCUACAGAAUGUCACCAAGGUGACUAAAGAUGCAGCAGGAUAAUGCCCCUUACUAAUAAAUGUACAGCUAAAUGACUUAUAAUUAAUUUAACUGUUUAAUUAAAAUAAAAUAAAUAUUUUGCAGUGGCCCAGUCAGAACCCAGACCUGAGUCCAAUAGAGGCUCUGAGGAAUGAUUUCACAGUUCAGCUGACUGUCGUAAGACCUCUUCAAACCACCUGCAUGAAAGUUUAAUGAGAUUUUCCCAAAAGACCCAUCAUUGUGUUUUAUUAGCACAUUGUACAUUUCCAACAAAUUCUUUUUCUUGCCACAACAUUUCUUAUGACCCGGGUGUAGAGAAUUAAAAUCCUCUGCUGAUAUUCUUUUGCAGUUUUAACAGUUCAUCCCUAGUUUUUAGCAUCAGUGAGUCAGUGUUGGUUUGUAAUACUGACACACUAUUGGACAGCACUAGUAUAUAGAAUACAGGGUUUAAUAGUUAACACACCGUUAACGCACGGAUGGUGCAUUGUGUUUGUGUGACGUCUGAUCACAGGCUGAUUGUUCUGUUUGUCCUCCUCCCGUCCUCUGUCGCCUCCUCACUUAGACUGCUUGUGUGUGUGAGUGAGUGUGAGAUAUGUAUAAAUAUACGCUAUGGCCACAUGUUUGAUGGUGUACAGACAGUUUCCGAGCAUCAGUAGCCUGUACAUUAUUUACCCAGGUGUGUAUAACGUGUCUGUAACUUGACGACACCCUGUGCCUCCGCUGCUUUAUAUGAACAGUUUGUAAAUGUAGAGUUUAAGUAGCACACUGAGAAAGAAACAACUAUUUAUGACUAAAUACUUAAGCCCACCUGAGAUUUUUACCAAAUGCUAAAAGGUUUUUUUUUUGUCCCUGUUUUGUUACCUGACACCAGUUAUUGCCCAAAAUUGGCAGACUUACAUUUUGAAGUCCUUUCCCAAAUGUUAUCUUGUUUGUUAAAGCUAUUUAUUUAUUUAUGAGAAGUUUAAUGAUUCCUUGAAGCAGGUGUAUGUUUCUAUUGCACAGUUUUGGAAAUGUAUUUAUUAGUUUACUCGUUUGAACCCUGUAUUAAGGUUGCUGUGAUGACAAUAGACCGCUGCCUCCCUCAGUCGCCACCGCAGCCUGAGAACAGUUACGUCUUUUAACAGUGGUUUCUAUUGUAAGACAUAAGCUGCUUCUAUUUCAUUCCAGUUACAGUUGCAAGAAAUGUAAUGGUAGUGUUUGCAGUUUGUUUUCUGCCUUCACUGAUGGUGAAAGGUGAUCUGACUUUCACAAGAGACACAAAUUAAGAUGAACAUAAAUGUCAAAGUUUGAAAAAGACGACAACAAUGUCCUUAUCAUCAAACAACAGGAUGGUGGAGACUGGUUUCGCUAUUACAUUUCUAACAUUUAUGUUUUUAAUCUUAAGUAUUUAAGCUCAUAACUGAUAUUGCUGAAAUAUUUUUUUUUGAUAAUACUUGUGACUUUGGUGCAGCUCAGAUCACGUUUCAUGAGCAGUUGCUGCAGAAAUCAUUACAUACAGUGCCAUUACUUUUCACUGUACAUCUGUAGAUCACAUUUUUGGGUACAUAAGAAAACAUUAUUUCACUGACUGUGCCAAGAACAUCAGAGUAGGAGCCUUUUCUAAAAUGUCAAGACAGUGCUUCUAUAUAUUUUAAGUAUGAAUGUGUUUUUAACUUAAAGACAAGCGGCCGAACCACCUUGUGACUAACUGUGCUGACCUUAGACCACCAGCAUGUCUAUAGCUGCAUUAAGACCCUAACACCCUACGUUACUUUGGUCACAGAAACCUGGGAGCAAUGAGUUAAAUGUUCAGUCAGUUGUACAUUUUUAUAUUCUGAGAUGUUUUCUUUCUGCGUGGAAUGACUAAACAUUGUUUUAAUAUUUUCAGUCUAUGCUUCACUCUGCUUUUCUGCUUUCUUCUACCUGUAGUACUGCACUGUUUCCUAGAAAAAUUACUGCUGUAGAAGUUUCAUCAGGCUAAACCAUUGGAGAUUUUCUAAAACAUUGCCCCAAAAUACUUAGACUGUAUCAGUAUUUUAUCAAAUUAUGUGACCUUUUCCAAGAAAUAUUUUGAUUUGAACAUCCAUGUCUCACUGAAUAAUAUCUUUUUCUUAGACAAGUGAUACUGUACUUCUAUGUCCAAUCACACAGACACGAGUGGUGGACUCAGAAUUGGGGCGUAGCUAGUUGGUGACAACCAAUAGGGACAGAAGCUGCAAAUCUAAACCAUCUUUCUUUAAAGACUGUCUUUAAUGUGGAUACUUUUAUGAGGAACAGUCUAAUGGAUUAAACAAAAUUAUAACGGUUUAAAUGUAGACUUAUUGGGGGAGUUGCUGUUUUGAUUGUAUUAGGCUGUACAGGUGUACCUAAUAAAGUGACCACUGAGUGCAGUUAAAGAGUUAGUUGGCUGUAGGUUAAUAGUUAUUGGCACAGCAACUGCUGUUUCUGGGGCUUUCCAGGGUAAAUGAUAAUAGAGGUCAGAGAGCAGCCACUGCCUCUUUUUGAGUCCUUCUUAGAAGCAUAUGGUUCUUUAUUACAUACACACUCAUGCACAAUUUGUGAUCUUGUUUUUGGUCUUGUCAUAUUUUUCAUGCAACCAGUUUGAUACUCCCAUUUGCAUCCCCUCUCAUCCCCACCACACCCCCCCGGUGGUAUGUGUGUGUAAAUUGGGAGCUACUGUUGUUUCUGGAUGUGGGAGAAGGCGCCUGCUGGCCACUUACUAAGAACCCAUUGAUCUCUGGCAGCUGAGUGAACCUGCCUUAACACCAAACUGCAAGAUUGGUUUCAUUGUGCUAAAAUCCUCUUGAUUUGUUUGUUCAUUUAUUUUAAAAUAAUUUGCCCACACACCUCCUUUUUAGAGACAGUACAGUUACAGAAAUGGCUAAAAUACAGUAAAAACACCUUUCAUUUUACAAGCACAGACACUUCAUGAUGGGUUUCUGGCUAAAAUGCAUAUAACAUAGUUCAACCACGGUUCUUAAGAAGGAGGUCAUAAGGCUGGUAACACAAAGGCAUCAAGCCCUUUCAUUUAUUUUGAAGGGGGUGUCUGAAGAAUAUUAUUGUUGUAUCUUUAAAAUUUUGUUUUUUUAUACAUAGUUUUUAUCUUUUUUGCAAGCAAAUAUUUUUAAGAAACAAAUAACUUUUAAUCCUAAAUCAUGCUGGAAAACGCACCAUUUUGUUGUACUUUUGUUUUUAAGUACAAAAUACAUUUUGAUCAUAUUUUGAGUCUGUGGUAUGUUGGAAUCUUAUUUGUUAGACCUUUUCAUAUUGUAUUUUUUUACUUUAACAUUGCCGUCUAUGUUAUCACCUUUCAAGUAUAAAUCAAAGAAUGAGCUGAGAAACUUUAAAAUAGAUAUUGAAUAGAAGGAAAAUGUAUAUUUAAUGGAAUAAAGUUUGCUAAACCUUCUGUAAGAGAAAUUGUGUAAACUAAUUGUAGCAAGAAAAUGUUUUAUUCUUUGUUCCUAAAACUAUUUAAUAAGAUGUUGCAGAAUUGA